GCGGCCCAGCGGGAGCGGCGGGGGCGCCGCGCGGGCACAGCCGGGCAGGGCCAGGCCGGGCAGGGCAGGGCAGGGGGCGCGGCGGCACCGCCACCGCCCGCAGCAGGUCAUAAUGGUUUCCAUUCCUGAAUUCUAUGAAGGAAAGAAUGUCCUCCUGACAGGAGCUACAGGCUUCAUGGGAAAAGUGCUUCUGGAAAAGCUACUGAGAUCCUGUCCUAAAGUGAAAGCAGUGUAUGUGCUGGUAAGAAACAAAGCAGGGCAGACACCUGAAGCACGAAUAGAAGAAAUUACCAGCUGUAAGCUCUUUGACAGGUUGAGAGAGGAGCAACCAGACUUCAAAGCAAAAAUAAUAGUAGUUAUGAGUGAACUUACGCAGCCUGACCUGGAUCUUAGUGAACCAAUCAAGGAAAAACUUAUAGAGUGCAUUAAUAUUGUAUUUCAUUGUGCUGCUACAAUCAGAUUCAAUGAAACACUAAGAGAUGCUGUUCAGCUAAAUGUGAUUGCCACACAACAGCUCCUCUUCCUGGCACAGCGAAUGAAGAAUCUGGAAGUGUUUGUGCACAUUUCGACUGCUUACGCGUAUUGCAAUCGGCAAGUGAUCGAGGAAGUCGUUUACCCGCCUCCUGUUGAUCCCAAGAAACUCAUAGAUUCUCUUGAGUGGAUGGAUGACGACAUAGUGAGUGAUAUUACUCCUAAACUGUUGGGCAACAGACCCAAUACUUACAUCUAUACAAAAGCCUUAGCUGAAUCUGUAGUGCAGCAAGAAGCAUCAAAGUUAAACAUUGCCAUUGUGAGGCCGUCCAUCGUUGGUGCGAGCUGGAAGGAGCCUUUUCCUGGCUGGAUUGAUAACUUCAAUGGACCCAGUGGUAUCUUCAUUGCUGCAGGAAAAGGAAUUCUUCGAACAAUGAGAGCUACCAACGAUGCAGUAGCAGAUCUUAUUCCAGUAGAUGUUGUUAUCAAUGCUACACUGGCUGCAGCCUGGUAUUCUGGAGUUCACAGACCAAGAAAACUCAUGGUGUAUAAUUGUACAACAGGUGGCACCAACGCUUUCCACUGGAGUGAAGUUGAAUACCAUGUAAUUUCUACUUUCAAGAGGAAUCCUCUCGAACAGGCCUUCAGACGGCCCAAUGUAAAUCUAACUUCCAAUCACCUUUUAUAUCAUUACUGGAUUGCUGUAAGCCAUAAGGCCCCAGCAUUCCUGUAUGAUACCUACCUCAGGAUUACUGGAAGAAGCCCAAGGAUGAUGAAAACAAUAACACGUCUUCAUAAGGCCAUGAUGUUGUUAGAAUACUUUACAAGCCAUUCUUGGACCUGGAAUAAUGAAAAUAUGACUAUGCUGAUGAACCAGCUAAACCCUGAUGACAAAAAGACGUUUAAUUUUGAUGUUCGACAACUACACUGGGCAGAGUACAUGGAAAAUUACUGCAUGGGAACAAAGAAAUAUGUGCUGAAUGAAGAAAUGUCAGGCAUCCCUGCAGCUAGGAAACACUUGAAUAAGUUAAGGAACAUCCGCUAUGGCUUCAACACAAUCCUGGUGAUCCUGAUCUGGCGCAUCUUCAUCGCGAGGUCGCAGAUGGCGAGAAACAUCUGGUACUUCGUGGUUAGUCUGUGUUACAAGUUCCUCUCCUACUUCAGAGCCUCCAGUACCAUGAGAUACUGAAAAAGAGAAAUUUAGCAUUAGGACAUCUAUGCAUAUGGUGGUCUAACUGCACAAAACCUGUAACAUGUAGUCAUCUCACAUUUUGUAAAAGCAUAAUUUCAUCUUUUAAUUGGAGUGCGAAAUAAACGGUAUGGUAUCUGUGAUGUUAGUUGUGUACCUUCCUGGAAACAGAGGAAAUAAAAUGGUCAAGUGCCAGGUUGAAUUGGCAUGAGACAAGCAUUUGGGUAACUUUAACUCUUUGACCUGGGGAAAACAUAUUAGACCACUGACCAACAUAACUGUGCAAUUUGGAACGUGUUUGAUUGAAAUCUGCCUUAACAUGAUUUUUUUUUUUUCUUUUAAGUUUUACUCCACAUUGAGCAAGAUAAAUAUUGACUUAGUAGAUACUAGCUGCUGUAGACCUAUUUAUUUGAAAUUCUUCUAAAUUACAGAGGGUUUUGCAAGUUGAAAAAGUGUAUAAAUGAUGGUGGAUCUCCUGAAAUAAAAAUUGAGGACUUUUGUAAUUUGUCUUUACAUUUUGCCACUUCUUCCCUUCUCCUCAAAGUAGGGAUGCAACAAUGGUGCCUCCUUUGCUUUAAAAGAAAAAAGAAAUUAAAAAGUGAACCAACCUUCUUUAUUUACUGAAGGGCCUUUUGUACAAUCCGGGCCUCAGAAUGCACUUGGUGAUUCAGUUCUAUGCUUGAAACUGGCUGUGUCCAACUUGCAUUUAUGUUGGCAUGAACAGUUUGCUUCUCUGAAAGCAGAAUUGAUUCUAUCAUUGAGCAGAUAAAAGGAAAUGUAACCCUGAGGGGGGCAAAUAAAGUCAUUGACUGUCCUCUUUUUAAUGAUUUUUUUAUUGGGAACACAGAGCCAGCACUUGAUUGUUACACUUCUGACUUCAAAGGGUAAAUAUAAUGGAAAGCAAUUUAUUAUGCUUAGUUGCUAUUUAUAUUACUGGUAAUAGUAGCUGGAAAACUAUAGACUUUCAUUAAGAGAUAUACCUGUUUUUAAGUCGUAAGCAAUGUUAGCAAAUACUUUAUGAAUUAACAAUUUUUUUAAAUCUUUGAGCUAUGAAAUUUGAUGCAUGGACAACACCAAUGCUCAAGCACACUUUCCAUCCCUGCCCUAGUGAACCUCAUCAUACUGGGCAAGCAGAGUAAGAUGCACCUUGCUUCAAAAUGAUUAGAUGUUAACAGUUCUUCCAUCCACCUUUUAACUUAAAUUAUCAGGUUUAAAUCUGAAGAAAUCUGGGGGUUUUUUUUCUGCAUGUUACUUUGUUUCAGUAGGGAAAACAUCUGUAAAAAUGGCAAGUUGUAAGAAAAGAUUGAAUCCUUGUUUCUUUAAUCCAAGGCAAUACAUGAAGUUCCCUUUAAAUUUUGGUUGCACAGCAUUUGGUUUGAGAACACUGUAGUGUUCCUCUAAUUGAUGCACUGACCAGCACCCUUGCCCAGUAUUUGUUCAUUAAAAUCACUUUAUACUGAUGAAUUUGUUCUUGAAUCUGCCUGGAAAGGCAAAUAAUGACUUAAUUACACAAGAACUACAUUAUGCUUGCCCUUGGUAGCUUUUUGUCCUAUUUGAAUUAAAUAUAUAAAGAACUUAUUUUGCUAUUUUUCUGAAAACUCUUACUUUAAAGAGAACACCUUUCCUGCAGGUGUAUAUCUCAUUUUGAAAAGAUAAUGGCUUCCUUGUUGAAGCUAAAUAUUCUGUAGUAAGUAGUUAAGCUGUAAUUCCUUUUUAAAAUGACCUGUGUAUAUAUAAAGCUAGUGGUGAAAAGCCUAAAUGGUCUAGGACCACACCUUGUGUGAGAGACCUCUGAUUGUGGCUGAAAAUAAAGUAAGGCUUCUGUGCUUGAAGAUGUUACACUUUAACAAAUACAUUAGGUGUAUUACAGUUUUAGUUGCCUCCCCAAGUAUCUUACUAGCCCUGGAAGUAUGCUUAAGCAUUCCUGAAUUGUAGACUUUUUUCAGAGGUGCCUACUGUCCAAUUACACCCCUUGUCCCAUGAUGGCACAUGGCUGAAGUUUGCAAAAGACAAGUACAUCAUAUUCUGGAAGUUAUUCUGUGAAACAAUUCUUAUGAAAACUUAUGAAUUUUGGUUGUUUAUAAACAUUAUGAUGUGAUACUUUUAAUGUUGAUUUGUUAAUACUGAGAACUAUGAAGCCAAUGAACUGCUUAUUUCUGGUCUAAAACACUGCUUAGAAAUCUAGUCUUUCAAAUAAGUAACAAAGAGAAGGAUUACUUUAAACAUAAGGAUAUUUAACCUCUACUCUUUAAAUAUUUGCCAAUUUAGAAACCCAUUUUUUCCCCUUUUUGGAGACUGUUGUUCUGUGCCCUAUUGGUAUCUUACACGAUUUCAUCAGUCAUCCUAUUUAGCUGCCAGUAGAUUCAGUGUCACAUUUAUUACACUGGUUUUGUCACUUCCUGUGGUCAGUCUGUGAAAUUCUAUCUGAAGCUCUUGGUUUUUUCCCAUAUCAGGGCCUUGUCCUCUUGCAGUUCUUCACACAGUGUUUGCACAUAAUGGAUGUUGGUCAAAAAUAUACUGGAACUAUAUUUUGGUACAUGGAGCUCGACUCACUGUUUUGACUUGCAAGUUACAGGAGGGGUAUCAGUUGGUUAAUAGGAAGAAGAUCAGACUGAAACAACAUUAUCACUUAACUGUUACUGGUAUUUAAAUUUGGGACCAGGAAAAAAAAAAUUACAUUUUCCUGUAAUGUUCUCUGCUGUAGGAACAUGUUUGGAAACAAAUGCUAAAUCUGUGAGCUUUUAUAAGACAUAAACAGAAAUAUUGGGUGCCUUUGUUUGUAAACCAAAAAUAAACAAAUCCCUUGAAAGUGUU